UUCCACCUGAGCCAGCAGCAUCAUGGGAGGUUCCACCUCCUCGCUCGUUGAGGAGACUGAAGGUGACGCGCCCCGGGGUGCAGCCCUGCCCCCCUCACCCAUCAUGGGCUGUCUGAGGAGCAGCCAGAGCAUCUCUCUGCCUCGGCAGCUUCCCAGACCGGGCAGACACAGAGAACGCAGUUUCUCCUCUGGUUCCAUGCCCCUGCAGAGGAGCCAGUGGGCCUGUGGUUGCUGUACUUUCCUCAAUGCAGCUGGUGCCCCUCGCUGCUCCAUCUGUGAAGCCCCCCGGCGGAAAGAAGACACCCGCUGGAUGUGGCAGACGACCAGCAAGCAGGACAGACGCUGGUCCUGCCCGGGCUGCACGCUCACAAAUCCCCCCGGUACUCUGGCCUGCUCACUAUGCGGCUACACAGAACCCCAAAACAGACAACGGGGCUCGUCUGAAGACCUGCCCCCUCGACCUCAGCGCUCCAGUAGCUGCUCUGGCCCCCUGAGACCUCCGUCCACCGAUGAUGACGUUAAAAACAGCCUUGUGUGGGACUGUCGGAGGUGCACUCUGCAGAACACCCCGGCCUCCAUGUCCUGCUCUGCCUGUGGUGGACCACGCAAACUUUCUCUCCCCCAGAUCCCUGCAGACGCCUUGCUCAUCCCUGAAGUCAGCGAUAAAACAGGAGUACAACAACCAGAACCUUUAGCGGGGGCACUCUCCCUCUCCAUCUCUACCCGAGGAGAGUGUUUACCUGUGGAGGCUUCAGGCUCCUCAGAACUCAGUGCAGCAUCUUCAGGUCAUAACAAUCCUGUUCCCUGCAGCCGCAGAGAGGUUCCACCCUCUGAGGUCAGCCUCACCAACAUAAGUCCCUCUCCGUCAUCCCUCGCUGUUUCCCAUCUCUCUGCGCCACCAGAGCUGCAGCCCGGGAGGCGGCUCAGCGUCCUGACGGAGGAGAUGUCGCCCGCGUCAGACGCCUCUGCGGUGUUCCCGCCAUGUGCGGUCCCUGAUAUUAACAGGACAGAGGAGUGGGCGUGUCCAGCGUGCACUCUCAUUAACAAGGUGAAAGCCAAGCACUGCCUGGCCUGCCACACCCCGCAGCAGCUCAGACCAGCUCCGUCCACCAAGAGGAAAGAGAGCAUGCUUGUGGAGGCGCUGCGGCAGAGUGAUGAAGGAGAGGCCAAGGAGCUGUGGGAGAACAUUGUCAGCUUCUGCAGAGAGAACUCUGUGACAUUUGUGGAUGACAGCUUCCCGCCUGGUUCAAAGUCCGUCGGCUUCCCAGCGGACGAUAGCGUCCAACAUCGUGUCAAAAAGUGGCUUCGACCUCAAGAAAUCAACUGCUGCCACCUGAAAGACCGUGCCGUUAAAUGGUCUGUAUUCCGCACGCUUCGCCCCUCCGACAUCCUUCAGGGACUUCUGGGUAAUUGCUGGUUCCUGAGUGCCUUGGCAGUCUUGGCUGAACGUCCCGAGCUGGUGGAGAAGGUGAUGGUGACUCGCUGGCUGUGUGCCGAAGGAGCCUAUCAGGUACGUCUGUGCAAAGACGGCUCGUGGACGACCGUGCUGGUGGACGACAUGCUGCCCUGUGACGAGAAUGGACACCUCCUCUUCUCUCAGGCCCAGCGGAAGCAGCUCUGGGUGGCCCUGAUUGAAAAAGCUUUGGCAAAGCUGCAUGGUUCCUACUUUGCUUUGCAGGCAGGUCGAGCCAUUGAGGGCCUGUCCACGCUGACAGGGGCCCCCUGCGAGUCGCUGGCCCUCCAGGUUAGUGCCACCAACCCCAAAGAAGAACCCAUCGACACAGACCUCAUCUGGGCAAAAAUGCUAAGCUCAAAGGAAGCAGGUUUUCUGAUGGGGGCGUCUUGUGGAGGUGGUAACAUGAAGGUGGAUGACUCAGAAUAUGAGUCACUGGGUUUACGACCGAGACAUGCUUAUUCCGUCCUUGAUGUGAGAGAUGUAGAUGGUCACAGGUUACUGCAGCUGAGAAACCCGUGGGGUCGCUUCUCCUGGACUGGGCCCUGGGCAGACGACUGGCCAAAUUGGCCUCCACAUCUGAAGAGGGAGCUAUGCGCCCAGCGGGCAGAAGAUGGCCUCUUCUGGAUGGACUUUUGGGACUUCAUCAGGUACUUUGACUCAGUGGAUAUCUGUAAGAUUCACUCAGACUGGCAGGAGGUUCGAGUGCCGGGUGUUUUUCCCCGUGGAGCUGACGUCCCGGUGACAGUUGUUUCCAUCACAGUGCUGGAGAGAACGGCGGUGGAGUUGGCUCUAUUCCAGCAGGGCAGCAGGCGAUGGGACACAGCAGAGAGCCACCUCUUGGAUUUGUGCGUGUUAGUGUUUCGAGUCUCCUAUGACAGCUCUGGUGUCGUGUCGCUUGGUCGUCUGCUGGCUCACAGCCGGCGCUCUGUUAGGAGGUUUGUUGGCUGCGAUGUCAUGCUGGAGCCAGGCGAGUACGCUGUGCUCUGCUGCGCUUUUAACCACUGGCACACAGAGGACACAGAGGAGACAACGAGCUGCAGCAGAUCAGAGGAGCCCGGCUACAUGCUGGCAGUCUACAGCUCCAGACUGGUGAUGGUGGAGCAGAUAACGGCCUCCAACACCACCAUCGCCGACGCCAUCAUCCAGCUGACAGAAACCAAAGGAGAAAGGCAUGAGGGUCGUGAAGGAAUGACCUGUUACUAUCUGACACACGGCUGGGCAGGGCUCAUUGUCAUGGUGGAAAACCGACACCCCAGACAUCACCUCCACGUGUCCUGCGACUGUAGCGACAGCUUCAAUGUGGUGUCGACACGCAGCAGCCUCAAAGCCAUCGACAGCAUCCCUCCUCUGCACAGACAGGUGCUUGUGGUUUUGUCUCAGCUGGAGGGAAAUGCCGGAUUUUCCAUCACGCACAGACUGACUCACCGUAAGGCCGUCCAGGCUUCUCUGGGGAACUGGAGUCCCUCAAAGGCAACACAUAGUCCUGCAUUGAGCCCGGGAACAGCAGGUCUACAUCAGCCUCGGCCUCUAUGAUGGCUGACUGGGAGAGUGACACAAUCAUUGAAGAAACUAGGAGAUAGUUGAUCUGUUUCAUUCACUAGACAUGAGGUCCCAGCAUGGAGGCAACUUCUUUCGAGGAGCAGUCUACCAGUUUAUUGAUUUCUCUUUUUGUACCUUUGUGAUUCCCGACCAAGAGGUACCUGUAACCUGGGGGUCAACUCUGUUACUUCCAGUGGGUACAUGGGAAGAUUCUAGUUUACCUUGUUUGAAAAAAAGUAAAGGAAAUUAAAUAUAUUUAUAUAAAAGGAAAAUCCACCAACGAAUAGGCUGCAACGCUUAAACACUGCCCAUGUAAUUAUGUAAAAUCUAGUGAGCAGUCUGGUGAUGUUCAAACACUUCUCCAUAUAGGCUAAUGAAAAGAAAUGUCAUCAAUAAAAGGAAUUGACUGGAAAAUAAAUUGUUAGUCAAGAGUAGUAGAUGUAUAGUUGAAAGAGAUGAAAUAAAUGGCUGUUAGCU